CCUCCUUGAAGAGGUUUACUAUGUUUUCAUAUGUACAUUUUUCUCUUUUAUAAUUUUUUUAGUUUUCUCAUUCAACCUAGGUUUCAGCAGCUUCAAAGACCACGACCCUAACGGAAUAUAUGGAAGAUCAUCAUCAAGGCCAAGACCCUAACGAUAGCAGUCCAAGCAACGGCUCGACCAAGAGAAGCCCUGAGCCGGUGAGGUCAAGAUGGAUACCGAAGCCACAGCAAAUCCUAAUUCUGGAGUCAAUUUUCAACAGUGGAAUGGUGAAUCCUCCCAAAGAAGAAACUGUGAGAAUAAGGAAACUGCUUGAGAAGUUUGGCUCCGUUGGGGAUGCCAACGUUUUCUACUGGUUCCAAAACCGACGGUCGCGAUCUCGCCGCCGACAACGGCAGUUGCAGGCCAGCCUUGAACAAAGAACCAAUUAUAAUAUAAACAAUAAUCAAAUGGCUUCUCUUUCUCAACACCAAGUGGGUGGUGCAAUUCAAUAUGGAGUAAGCUGCUGUGUUCCUACUGCUGCUCCUCCUUUGGCUUUCGGAGCUUCUCCUAAUAAUUUUCUUGUGGGCUCUUCAUCUUCGUCUUGUGGUCAACAUCUGAUAGCAGAUCAUGAUGUUCAUCAUAGUAUUGAUUGCGUUGGUGAUCAGUUCUUUUCUGUUUCUGAUCAAAUGGGGUUUCCGGAAAUCGAGCAGAGCUCCGGGGUAACGUCUGUGUUAGGAGGAGGCCCUUCUGAUACCUCAAAUUUGCACUUCCAAUCUGGUCUCAUCACAGUGUUUAUUAAUGGGAUUCCAACAGAAGUUCCCAACGGGCCACUUGACAUGAAAGCCGUGUUUGGACAAGAUGUGCUAUUGGUUCAUUCCUCUGGACUCCCACUUCCAAUCAAUGAAUUUGGUUUUUUGGCACACAGCUUGGAGUCUGGUGAAAGCUAUUUCCUGGUUUCAAGACCAACUUAAGUACAAUUUAAGCUGCACCUGCAAUAUAAGAGCUUCCUGCAUAUUUCUCCAUGAUCUUGCUUUCUUUUCU